UUAGUCCUUGCCAAGGACGCAGUCGUUUGGCUACUUGUUGCGUCUUCGUUUUGUUUUUCAACUACUAGUUUUGGCUUGGUUUCAAGGCGUUUCCGCAAAUCUCUUCGGGCUCUUGUUCACAUCAGGUUUAAGAUGUACGCUGCAAGCGCUCAAGAAGGCUUUUGCCAGUACAGUAACACAAAAUAUUGUUUGACAUAUUGAUAUAGUCUUCAAAUGCAAAUAAUUAUGGCUGUCUGUGGGAGCUUAUUUAGGAAGAAGCAAUUUGAUUUCAGUGUAAAAGCACAAGUGAAAAUAGUUAUUUACUUGGUGACACAAAUGCCUUCACAAAAGAUUGAAAGUGGUCACCAAGAUGUAGUUCAUGAUGUGGUGAUGGAUUACUAUGGCAAGCGUCUUGCCACGGCAUCUUCUGACAACACCAUUAAGAUAAUUGGGGUCAACAAUUCAGCCUCUCAGCAUCUUGCAACUUUGAGUGGUCACCAAGGACCCGUAUGGCAAGUAACUUGGGCUCACCCCAAGUUUGGAUCCCUCCUUGCUUCCUGUUCUUAUGAUGGGCGGGUCAUAAUUUGGAAGGAAGGUAACCCUAAUGAGUGGAGCCAAGCCCAUGUUUUUGAUGAGCACAAAUCAUCUGUAAAUUCCAUUGCUUGGGCUCCUCAUGAAGUGGGUCUCUGUUUGGCUUGUGGAUCCUCGGAUGGGAAUAUCUCAGUUUUCACUGCAAGAUCUGAUGGUGGCUGGGAUACAUCACGAAUUGACCAAGCUCAUCCAGUUGGUGUUACUUCUGUAUCAUGGGCCCCAUCAAUGGCUCCCGGUGCUCUUGUUGGUUCUGGCAUGCUGGACCCUGUUCAGAAGCUUGCAUCUGGUGGUUGUGAUAAUACUGUUAAAGUGUGGAAGCUUUACAAUGGAGUUUGGAAGAUGGAUUGCUUCCCUGCUCUUCAAAUGCAUACUGAUUGGGUUAGAGAUGUGGCUUGGGCACCAAACUUGGGACUUCCUAAAUCUACAAUUGCCAGUGCUUCACAGGACGGAAAAGUUAUUAUAUGGACCGUGGCAAAGGAAGGGGACCAAUGGGACGGUAAGGUUUUGAAGGAUUUUGAGACCCCUGUUUGGAGGGUCUCAUGGUCGCUCACUGGAAACAUACUGGCGGUGGCUGAUGGGAAUAACAAUGUAACAUUGUGGAAAGAAGCAGUAGAUGGGGAAUGGCAACAGGUGACAACAGUGGAUUCGUAAAGUUUAAAUAUAUGAACUCUUAUGUGAAGCUAGAUCUUGUUUUCAGUCUUAUCUUUUAACAUAAGUCAGGACCUUAUUCUCCAAGCACUGAGUUAAUACAGUUGAGAACUUUUCUCAAACAAUAUUCCUUUAACAUUAAAACUUAUUUCAGAUAUUUGAACUUUUAGUUUCUUAGCAA